UCGCCGUGUCACAGAUCAGCUGUUUUCUAAUAAUUAAUUGACAGUUUGAUCAAAGCGAAUUCAUUUAGAGUUUAUUUGAAUGAUGUUAAUUAAGUUUUAUUUGCACAAUACAAAGUGAUAAAAUGAGUGCAAACAAUGGAACCGUGUUACCAUCUGACACUAAUGCGAUGGUCUCAAGAGCACGACCGAACCCAAUCGCGAUCGAAUCACUGAAACAACUUUAUGAGGAUAAAGACGAGACGGGUGAUGUUUGUUUUAUCAUUGGAUCUGAUCGUAUUCGUGCCCAUCGGUGUGUAUUGGCUGCAAUCAGUUCUAAAUACAAAACUCAAUUCUAUGGUUCUCAGCCUGACAAAUCCGAUGUGGAAGUAGUUGGAACAUCGGCAUCUGCUUUUAGAAAGUUUAUCGAGUUCUUUUACUUAGACGAAAUUGUGCUGACCGUUGAAGAUAUCGAAGGUGUUUUGGACUUAGCGAAACAGUCGCUUGUCAAUCAGUUUGUCCAAUUAUGUGUCGAUUUUCUCAUCGAAAUUACACCGUUGGACAAUAUGUUCCUGGGUUAUCGUUUGGCUGUUUUGUAUGAUAUCGAUGUAUUGAAGAAUUUAUGCGAAUCGCUCAUCGAAAAGGACACGGUGAAAGUACUUAAGUCUGAAGAUUUUAUCAUCAAUUGUGAUCGUGAUUUGCUUCUGACCAUACUAAAACUAGAUACGUUGAACUGCAGAGAAACAGAAGCUUUUGAUGCCUGCAUAGAAUGGGCUAAGGCUGCAUGCAAGCGGAGAAAUGUUGAUCCAGACGAUGCGGAAAAUUUGCGUCAUGAGUUGGAUGAUGCCAUCAAUCAAAUACGUUUUGGAUCGAUGACGAUCGAGGAAUUCGUCAUUCGUCAAAGGUCGUACGGGGGUCUUUUUAGUCAAGACGAAACCAACGAAAUUUUUUACAUGAUCGGUCAGCUUAAAGAUUUCAAAUCAGAAAAAUUCAAUCAAACGCCACGAAAUCGGUCUACAACGAAUUUAGCAAAGACAUCAGCAGCGUGUGUGGUAUGUAAUCGAGUCAUUUCUUAUAAACCAGAUAAUAGUUGCACAGAGUACGUCAUGGGAGCAAUUCUGUCAUUCACUUGUAAUCAUUCAAUUCGCUUGGAAGGAUUUACUGUUGGCUGUUGUGAUUACGAGGGUUUCUAUGUGCUUCUUUUAACUCUGAAUGGUAGAAAUCAUCAUAUAAAAACAUCAUCCAAACAGAAGAAACAAAAGAAUGAAACGACAAUUACAUUUGAUGAGCCUGUUGAUGUCGAACGCAAUAUUGUGUGCCAGAUUUUGUUCGAUUUUAAGAACUUAAAAAUGUCCACCGGCUAUAAGCUGGCCACAAAAGUUAGUUCAGACAACGUUACUUUCGUCUUCGAUUACGUUAACUUUGACGAUUACGUCACCAAGCUGUUGUACAACUUGAAAUAAGUAUUCGAAUAAAAAUAUGAAAAAAAUGGAUUACUUUUUAUGAAGACACAGCACUGCUCCUAGCAUGAAGCAUGAACAUAGAUAGUAUUCAGAGACUGAUGACGUUACAAG